CAACCAUUGCCUCGACUCCACUCGGCUCUGGCCUUUCGAUAAGUGGCAUCAAGCAACAGAGGCAAGAUGGCACCAGCUCUUGAGAUGUCAGUUGGCCUUUCAAAAGGCCAUAAAACAACAAAGAACACACAAAAGCCCAAACCAUCAAGGCGAAAGGGGCAAUUGAACAAAAGAGUAAAGUUCUGCAGAGAUAUCAUCAAGGAAGUUGUUGGAUUUGCACCAUAUGAAAAAAGAGCAAUGGAAUUGCUGAAAGUACAAAAGGACAAAAGGGCAUUGAAAUUCAUCAAAAAGAGGCUUGGAACACACAGAAGAGGAAAGAAGAAGCGUGAUGAACUCUCUGCCAUUCUGACCCAAAUGAAACGUCAAAAGGAAAAGCAGUAGACUGUUUUCUUCUUAUCAUAUGCAUAAUUUUGAA